UGUUGAGCGGCAGCUGCGGUAACCGACGUACACAGGAGGAUUGAGCGACUUGUGGAGGGAGGCGGAGGCCAGACCAUGAACUUGGGAGAUGGUUUAAAGCUUGAAACUGAGCUGCUGGAUGGAAAAACCAAGCUAAUAUUGUCUCCAUUUGAACAUAAAUCAAAAAUUUCUGUAAAGAUGGGAAAUAAGACCAAGAUUGCAAAAUGUGCUUUAAGAGCAAAACAAACUGGACACAUUCUAAAAUCAACACAAAACACUUGUAUCAGGAGUAAAGAACUUUUGCAAAAAAAAGCUAUUGGCUCAGAAACUUUACAGACAAAAGGUGAAAAAAGUAGAAUGACUUUUUCACUUGCUAAGGAUUUAUGUAAGCCAUAUUUAGAUAAAGACUGUCUUCAUAUCCAGAAAGAGUUUUCACCUGCAACCCCUAAAACACAGAGAACUAGAAACUCUGUAAAUACAUCUCCAGUGGCUAAACAGCAGGCUUGCAAAAAGCCCAUCACAGCUGACAACAUGAAGAGCAGUUUGGUGUGUCUGACACAAGACCAACUACAGCAGAUUUUGAUGUCUGUUAACCAAGGAAAUAGGCCUAUUUCCCUGACUGAGAAUGGAAAAGAGGAAGAAACAAGCCAGUGUGGUCUGAAUUUAAGCAAUAUUCCUAAUCAGCCAAAGGAUGAGAACAUUAUAGGAUUACUUCAAAAAUCUGAGGCUGUGUCACUUGUCCCAGAUGAAAAUAAAUCUGUCUUAUAUAAAAAUCAGGAGGCAUCUGUUCAGUCUGAGCAGAAAACUGACAUAGAGAAUGAAUGGAAACCAGCUGACAUAUUCAGUACUCUGGGGGAAAGGGAACGCUAUAAAAGUUUGCUGGAGGCAAAAAAGGCCCAGUGGAAGAAAGAGCUGGAUGAACAGGUUGCUUUAAAGAAGAAAGAAAAAGAAGUUUCUGAAAAAUGGAAUAAUUCUUGGAAAAAAUCUGAUAGUGAUAAAAUACUGUGGGAAAAACUUCAAGAUUUUGACAGAUCCAGGGUUUCUGCUAGCUCUUCAAUCAUUAUGUCACCAUCUCCUAAUCAGGUUACAGUGGUUGAAGCCGAUGAGCACUCACUACUUAGAGCUAGUCAAAUUUUAGAGGAAGCAGCAAUGCGGGAGCACCCUUUCAGUGCCAUUAAACAAGAACAACAGAGAAAAUGGAUUGAAGAGUUGAAUAAGCAAAUAGAAGGUGAUCGGCAAAGAAAAAUAGAGGAAAAGAUUAUCUAUUCAAAGGGUGAGGAGCAUGACAGAUGGGCAGUGCAUUUUGAUUCAUUAAAGAGUUGUCUUGGUUCUCAGUCUCAACUGUCCUCUCGCUCAACACACAAACAACCUGAGUACUUCUGUAUCUCACCUGAAACUCAGGAGCUGGCUGAUAUCAGCAGUGUUUGUACACCUAUGACUGGAAUUCAGGUUGAACCUUCAGAGGAGGCGCAAAUAGCAAAGCCUGUUAGGGAUGUGACUAUGGUAAACACUCAGAAGACAAACUUUCUUCGUUCUAUGACUGCUCUCUUGGACCCAGCUCAGAUUGAAGAACGAGAAAGGAGGCGACAAAAACAGUUAGAACAUCAGAAAGCCAUCACUGCUCAAGUAGAAGAAAGGCGCAGGAAAAAGCAGCUAGAAGAAGAGCAGAGAAAGAGGGAAGAACAAGAAGAGGAGCUUCGCUUAGCACGAGAACGAGAAGAGAUGCAGAAACAGUAUGAAGAAGACCUACUUAAACAAAAACAAAAGGAAGAAAUAAUGACUCUAAAGACAAAUGAGUUAUUCCAGACAAUGCAGAGAGCACAGGAGCUGGCUCAGAGACUGAAACAAGAACAGAGAAUCCGGGAAUUGGCUCAGAAAGGACAUGACACUUCCAGAUUGAUUAAAAAUCUUGGUGUUGAUACAAUACAGUUGGAAUAUAAUGUGUCCACUAGCAACCUUUCCAAUGUAAGACAUGAAUUUGAGGAAGUCAGUGGUACAGUGAAUACUUGUAUCAGUCCUACCACUUCUCCCAGGAAGGAUACUGGUGUGCAAACAGAUCAAUCAGUGAUCCAGAGGGAAAUUUCCAGCUGUCCAUCUCCAGAGAUUUCUAUAGGAUUUAAUGGGCAGUUUAAGAAAAACAAACAAGGACUGAGUCAGGAUAAAGGAGCUAAUUUAGAAAAAGAGAACAGUUGGCAAAAUGACGAGUCUGAUCAGUUCACAAGAACAGAGAAACCAACAAAGCACAUGAAGAAAUAUCCUAAGAGGCCUGACUGGAAUAUUAAUAAGCCACUCAGAAGGUAUAUUCCAGCAUCAGAAAAGUACCCCAAACAGCUUCAAAAGCAGAGAGAAGAAAAAAAACUAAGGCGGCAGAUGGAACUGCUUCAUUUGGUGGAAAGAAAUAAUCCUGGACAACUCUCUGAAAACAGAGGCAGUUCGCCAGCUCUGCAUCCAUUUCAUCAAGAAGCUGAGUCAAAAACCAAGUGGCAUCUAGGCAAAAAGGAAGCAGAGCCUUCGAACAUUAAUUCAUUCAGCCAAGAAAGGUCUCAGUCACCACCAGUUCCAGCAGUGAAAAACAAAACCCAACAAACUCAGACUAGUACACUGCACUUACCAGUAAAAAACAACAGCUAUGAAAAAGAGAAUGUGAUCUCAGGAAGUAGUCCAACAGAAUUAUCACCGAGCAUUUCUGAACCAUCCCAUUUUGUUCCCUACGUUCGAACAAAUGAAAUCUACUACCUUGAUCCAGAUGCACCAUUGUCUAGGCCUUCAACACAAAAUUCACAUGGCUCUGACCAACAACAGCAACUGCUAUUUGAUGAUGACCAUGUUACAGAUCCCCUUCUUAAUCCUAACUUGGUGAAAAACAGGGAUCGACAGCAAGCAAUUCUUAAAGGACUUUCAGAACUAAGACAGGGCCUUCUCCAGAAGCAAAAGGAGUUGGAAACUAAUCUGAUGCCUUUAGCUGCAAAUCAAGAAGAGAAUUUUAGUUGUUCAUUUUAAAUGUAGUAAAACCAUUUGUGUCGUUGACUUGGAAAAUAUGCUCGUUGCUCAAUUCUGUUUCUCAAAUAGCCUAGAUUUUUUAAAUACUUGUUAAAAACUUGUACAUAAUGUAGUAAAAUGCUGUACUGCUUAAAGAUAUAAUAAAAGUGACACUUUUGUAAAAGCUUAAUAGUAAAAAGCAGUUUUUCUCCUGUCAGUCUGGUUAUUUAAGUCCUAAAAUCUGAUACAAACACUUACCUUAAUAUAGUCUGAUGUUCCUGACCUGUUAAAAUACAAUGCUCUGCCACACCGUUCCAUGUAGAUUACCAACUGAAAAGCAUUCAUGCAUUUAUUCUCGCUACUUCUUUUGAGUUGCCAAAGGUCUACCUAUGGUAAAUACUUUGAUUUACUGCAAUCCUCGAAAAUAUUUUGAAGCGUUACUAACGGAGAGGCAGUUAUCACCAACAGAUACAGGUUUGAAAUCUAUUAAGACCACCUCAAAAACACUUCUGCUUCUCUACAUAUGUUCCAGAUUGGUCAGUGCCUUUGAUGAACAAAAAGUAACAAAAUCUUCUGACAAAGUUGACCAAAAUUUUAGCAAGAGACAGUGUUGCUUAUUUAAGUCCCUGUGCAUAGUUAAUUAUCUGAAACUACAUUGCUAGAUAAAUCUUGAGGUAUUGAGCCAAAAUUCUGUAAAUAUCACUGGCUUACACCUGUAUAAAAGCACUAUACAAAAGCUCAAAAUAAAUAGUUGAUCAUUUCAGCAAAAAAAGUAGCUUCUACCAUUUGACAUUAAAAGAAAAAGCCACUGCUGUUUAUCAUCCUACCAGACAUUGAAGUUUACAUAAAAAAAUAUGCUUCAAUAUGAGGUCCAAGUAUUCGUGAUAUACAGAAGUAAAACUUAAAAGUGCCAACAUGAUAUAAUUCAAGUACAAUAUAUUUUAAAAAUAUAUAUAUAUUUAUUUCAAUUUUCACA